AUGGCGUCUCCUAAAUCAUCAACAAGACAAACCCAGCAAAACCCAGAACCAAAUUUCCACGAUUUCUUCCCGACGAUGGCCGGAAAUCUCGGAGGAGAAGGUCUAAUCGAUGAGCUAUGCAAAGGAUUCGAGCUUCUGAUGGACAGAGAGAAAGGAGUCAUCACUUUCGAGAGCUUACGGAGAAACGCAUCGGCGGUUCUUGGGCUCGGAGAUCUGACGGACGACGAUGUUCGGUGUAUGAUCAACGAAGGGGAUUUGGAUCGAGAUGGUUGGUUGAAUCAGAUGGAGUUUUGUGUACUCAUGUUUAGGCUUAGCCCUGAAUUAAUGGAAGCUUCACGGUGUGUUGUUACGGAUGCGAUCGAGGAGGAAUUUGGUGAUCGCCUUUGA